AAUACAAAGUGUGAUUUGAAGUCUUGUAAGAUUAUUAUUCUAUGCUUGUAAUAUCCAAAAAUAUGGCGCCCGUGUGAAGGACGCUCAAUCGAGAAUACGGUUCAUUAGAGGAUUUAUAGAAGUAAAGUAAAACAAUAAUUAGAAAGAAAUGAGUAAUCUUUCACCAUUUGGUGGUGGAAAGAAUCCACCUUGGGUUCGUAAUGCUGGACAAGGAAUUCAAAAUAUUCAACAGCAAAUGUUAGGUCAAGCAAUGGGUACUAUUGGGGGACAACCUAUGGUUCAAUAUCAACAACAAACACAACAAGUCUAUCAACAAAGCUUGGGUUUACAACAGCCUAAUAUAACAAUGGCUUCAAUGGCUACUCUUGGUACUAAUUUACCAUCUGGAAUAGCUGGACAAUUGUAUCCACAAGUUGCUACUGUUUCUUAUCCGACUCCAAGAGCUUUAAAUACAAAUGCAUUUCAACAAUCUGUAGCUGGUGUACCUCAACAAGUACAACAAAAUGUACCUUCAUCAUCACCAAAACAAAGAGUCUUUACAGGAACAGUUACUAAAGUACAUGAUAAUUUUGGUUUUGUUGAUGAAGAUGUAUUCUUUCAAACAAGUGCUUGCGUAAAAGGUUCUAAUCCAAUAGUAGGAGAUCGUGUACUCGUAGAAGCAUCUUACAAUCCUUCCAUGCCAUUUAAAUGGAAUGCUACAAGAAUACAAGUAUUACCUAUGGUAAAUAAUAAUAACAAUACUAAUACACAACAGACAAAUCAAGGUAAUCGACAACAACAACAAGCUAAUCGGCCAUCAGGAACUUAUAACGCUGUACCUCCUCCUACAGAAAAUACAAAUAAUAGGUUUUCAACUACUACAACAAAUACAAAUAUAGCUAGUAACCGUAAUAAAGUUGGGAGAGUUAGGGAGAGAUCACCGCGUGAACGUAGGAAUGAAGAGGAAGAGAUUGAAAGAAAACGACGUCGAGAAGAAAGAAUUAGAGAACGUGAAAAAAAAGAAGAACGUAGUCCAUCAAGAACUAGAAGAAGUAAAUCUCCUAGACCUCGUAGACGUACCAGGGUAGUGCCACGAUAUAUGGUUCAAAUACCAAAAAUCGCUCUUGAUUUACCUGAAGCCGAUGUUCUUGAAAUAAGAAGACGCUAUCAAAAUAUGUAUAUUCCUAGUGAUUUCUUUUCGACUAACUUCAGAUGGGUUGAUGCUUUCCCACCACAUAUGCCAUUCACUUUAAACAAACCUUGCUCUUUUCAUGUUAUGCACAAGGAUGUAGAUCCAUAUGUAGAAAAUACUGCAGUACUAGAGCCUUCUGAUGCCGAUUACCUCUUUUCUGCAAAGGUUAUGCUGAUAUCAAUGCCUGCCAUGGAAGAAAUUUAUAAAAGAUGUUGCGGAGUCUCAGAGGACAGAGACCCAGAUCGUGACUAUAUACAUCCCACACGCCUUAUAAACUUUUUAGUAGGCUUACGAGGUAAAAAUGAAACAAUGGCUAUUGGUGGACCAUGGAGUCCUUCCUUGGAUGGGCCAAAUCCCGAAAAGGAUCCUUCGGUAUUGAUCAGAACGGCUGUCAGAACCUGUAAAGCACUUACAGGGAUAGAUUUGUCCAGCUGCACUCAGUGGUAUCGCUUCCUGGAACUCUACUACAGACGUGCAGAAACGACCCACAAGUCAGGGCGAGUGGUGCCCUCGCGCGUUGAAACCGUGAUACUAUUUCUCCCAGAUGUAUGGAGCUGUGUGCCUACCAGAUUGGAGUGGGAUGGGCUACAACUCAACUAUAAGAAACAACUGGAACGAAAAUUGCUGCGUGCUGCCUCUAACCCCGACGAUUUGGAUGCUGCCAAUGACACUGAUGAGGCUGCCGUCGCUGAUCAAAAGGAUGAAAUGGCACCAGAAAAGAAAGAUCCAACCCAUUAUUCUCAGUUGGACCCAAAAUCUAUGAAUGUGAAUGAUUUACGUCAAGAAUUGGUUGCACGAAAUUUAAGCUCUAAGGGGCUAAAAUCGCAAUUGCUUGCACGUCUUUUAAAAGCCAUCAAAUUAGAACAGGCUAAAGAAGAAGGCCGCCAAGAUGACGUAGAAGAUAAUGAAGAUACAUCACCACCUCCAAAAGAGGAUGACGAAAAGAAAUUCAAGGAAAAUAAAGAUCAUGACGAAGAUAAAAGAAAACUAUACGAACGUGAACGAGCCAUACUUGAGAAAAGAUAUACACUACCAGAAUCUUCUCACAUUAUUGUUCAUCCAUCUAGAUCAGCAAAAAAUGGAAAAUUUGAUUGUACAGUUAUGUCAUUGAGUGUUUUACUCGACUACAGACCAGAAGACACGAAGGAACAUUCGUUCGAAGUGUCUUUAUUUGCCGAAUUAUUUAAUGAAAUGUUAAUGCGUGAUUUUGGUUUUCGCAUAUAUCGAUCAUUAUGCAACUUGCCUGAAAGACCUAAAGAAAAAGAUGAAGAUAAAAAAAAGGAUAAAAAGGAUGAUAAAAGGGAUGAGAAAAAAGAUGAUAGAAGACGUGAAGAUGAUAGAAAAUGUAAUAAUAAGAAAGAGGAAAGGAGAGAUGACAAAAAAAGGGAAGGUAGUAAAGAUAAAAAAGAUGAUAAAGAAGCAAAGAAUAAAACUGAUGAUAAAGAUCGAGACAAAGAAAAGAAUGAUGAUGAAGAUGAUGAUGAUUUCGAGGAAUCUGAGGAUGACGAUUCGGUUAAAGAUGGUAAAAAAGAUAAAGACAAAGAUGGAAAAAAGAGAAAAACAAAACUCUACACAUAUGAUCCAUAUUUACUUUUAUCUUUUGUAUAUUUUGAUCAAACACAUUGUGGAUACAUAUUUGAUAAAGAUAUUGAAGAACUUAUUUAUACAUUGGGAUUGAAUUUGUCACGAGCACAAGUACGUAAAUUAGUACAGAAAGUGGUUACCAGAGAUUCCUUGCAUUAUCGAAAAUUAACUGAUAAAGCUAAAGAUGAUAAUGGAAAAGAUGAAAAAGAUGCAGAUAAAAGUGACAAUGGAAAGACUCAGAAUGAAGAAGAUUUAUUACGUUCAUUGGCUCUUGGUAACAAAAAAUUAUUACCUGUGUUUGUAUCAAGUGGACCACCUUCUAAACGUGCUAGAAGAGAUGAUAAAUCAACAGGAAUAACUGAAGAAGAAUCGAUACCAGAAGGAUUUGUUUUAUACAAAGGUUCUUUAUUAGACGUUGAGAAAUUAAUUGGUCAAUUAAAAAGAUCUGAAAAAGCACGUGUAGAUACUGAAAAUCGUAUGAUAGAAUUGCAAAAUGAAUUAGGAAUUGUUAAUGAAAAAUCAGCAAAACAAGGAAACAAUUUAAAAGGUUUAUCCGAAGAUUUAAAGAUUUACAAAGAUAAAUUAAGAUGUACAGAUGAAAAACUUAAGAAAGUAUCGACUGAAUGUAAUAGUUAUUUAACUGCAGUAAAAAAUAUGUAUCAUAUAGCUUCUAAAAUGAUGCAGGGUGACAACAAAAAGGUAGAAGUUGUAGAAAUACAAGAUGAAAAAAUUGUAGCUGAAGUUAAUGGCUCUGAGAUAGAAAAUAAAUGCAAAAUUGAUACACGAUGGGGUGAUAGUAAAAGUGUUGUAAAAGAAGAAAUUGAAAAGGAUAAUAGAAAAUGUGACAAUAAAAUUUCUAAUAGAAAAGAAAUUAUGGAAAGCGACAAAGAGAAGAAAUAAAAUGGAUAUUGUUAUUAAUAAUGAUAUACAUAAAAUACACAUUGGGACAAUUUCAUAAUAAAGUAUGAUUGUGUUCAACAUUAUUAGAGAACAACUCUAUAAUAUUAGAAUUUAACUUUUCACAUGUGAAAGUCAGUGGAUAAAAAUUCAAUUUCAUAAAAAUUUUGCAUAAAAAUGGCAAAAUAUAGGAAAAAUUCUUGUUAUACUAAACGACUGAUAUAUAAUUAAUCAAAUGUUUAGUGAUUAAAAUAAU